GCGUAUCGUUUUGUUCCCGGCGACAAUACUCGAGGGAUGGAUUUUUUGGAUGGGUUUAGCGAAAUGCUAGAAGAUAUAGAACAUUUUGUACGCACCAAUCAUCAUCGUCACGAUAUGGUAGAGUUGUUUGUAAAUUCCAAUGAAUUUUCUAACGACGGUGUAUCCGUUCCACUUCACCGCGUGGAAGAUUUGAACAUGGACACUUUGUUCAUGGAAGUUGAAAAAGUGUCCCAGUCCAACGAGGGUCUCGGCCUCGACGACGAGAGCUUUACCGUGGAAGUUGUCUUGGUGAACAUGCCCAGGGGUGGAGGAUACGAGUCUCGCCAUUUGUUGCAUUCGUUUGGUCAAAAGACACACGACAUUUUGAAAAAUACGCGGGCUCUGUACUGUCCACCAGCGGGUUGUCAUCCUUAUUGUGCCGUCGUUUGCUUGAUUUUUGCCGACGAAUAUCUUCGACAUGGUGGAAGAAUGCGCAGACGAACAACUCUCGCAAGGGAGAGAGAAAUGAUAGAACAGGCUAGAAGAAUGUGCAGAAGAUGUGGGAUAACUCCUUCUCGACAAGGAUUGGAAUUGAAAGAUUUGGAGAAAAUCUGUAAAGUUUUUUUUAGAGAUCAUUCUGUUUUUGUGGUUAGUAAACAACAUUAUAAUAGUGUAGUUUUUACGUAUAAAGAUUCCCCUUUGGACAUAACCGAAUUUACAAUCUAUUUAUUUUUGGACGAUGGACAUUAUUAUUUCAUCAAGUCUUUGAAUUCUCUCAUGGGCAAACAUGGUUCAUUUUGUCCUAUCUGUGAAAAAUUUUUUCAGGGAAAGAAGGGGAAGGGGCACAAGUGCGACAACGGUCUCUGUCUUGCUUGUAAGACAGAGUGUGUGGCUCAGAGAAAGUGUUGCUACUGCCUGUCGGACGUAUCGGUGUGAUGCGUGUAGACGGUUGUUUUUUCGCCUCGGUGUUUACAAAAUCACACCAUUCGCGGUUUGUCGCGUAUGUAUCCCAAGACCUCUGUAUGUCAAGCCGUUGUUGCAUGUACCACUUGCGAUCUCGAUCUGAAAGCUAAAAACGGCGUCGCGCGCGAUAUAGAGGCAUAUACCGGCCGCAGACACGUUUGUUUCACCGGCAAAUGCUUUUGUUGCAAUCGGCGGGUCGACAUGUUGGAUCAUCAAUGUUACGUGCAACCGAUUCGUCCCGAUGAUGAAAAAUUUAAGAAACAACACGACAAGAAGCGAGGUGAGUACAUUUUUGCCGAUAUAGAAACCAUGAAGGAAGAGCGGGAUGGGGAGAGUGUUCUCACGUGCAAUUUGGUAGUUGUCAUUACCGAGGGAGGGCAAGAAUUCGUUUUUUCUGGGCGAGAUAGUCUGCAAAAGUUUGCAGAGUAUUUGUUUUGUGGUCCCGAUUCCCUUGUAUCGCACGACAAGAAUUACACCGUGUUAUUUCAUAAUGGAGCUCGUUUUGAUUGUUUUUAUGUUUUGAAGGCAUUUUGCGAUAACAUCGCGACCGAUGACCCCAAAGUGUUGUUCGACGGUAAGUCUCCUUUGAAGAUACAAUUCGGUAAGGUCCAAAUUAUCGAUUCGUUUCGAUAUUUCAUGGCACCUCUUGCCAAGUUACCUGCCAUGUUCGGAAUCACGGACGUCUGCAAAGGAAAAUUUCCGCACGAUUUUAAUACGAAACAUAACCAACAUUAUAGAGGCGUUAUUCCCGAUAAAGAGUUUUUCGGUACGAGAUUCAUGAAAAGUAAAGAACUAAAAGAGUUCGAGGAUUGGUACGAGGAGUGGUGGGUCGAAUAUCGUGCAGGUCGAAUUACGCACUGGGACUUGCAAGAAGAGCUUGUCAAGUAUUGUGUGGAUGACGUCAGGGUCUUAAGGCGAUGUUGGUUGACCAUGGCGAAAGAGAUGUACGACCUCAGCAAGUUGUGGAUAGGCAUAGGCAACUGUACCGGAGCCAGUUUUACUAACAUGGUCUUUAGGACAAUGUUGAAACCUAAUACGAUCGGUUUGAUUCCAAAAGGUAAGUAUUUCAAAAACCACAUUCAGUCUAAAGUCGGAAAAGAAUGGUUGGUUUGGAAUGAUGUGUUUUAUUAUGCCGGAGAAUUGCGUUACAGCGGAAAAGAGGCAGGAGAGAAGGUGAUCAGGGUGGGUAGGAAGAAAUAUAGGGUGGAUGGGUAUCACGAACCUUCCAAGUCAGUUCUAGAAUUUUUCGGUUGUGCUUUUCAUGGAUGUCCUCGUUGUUUCGAUAACGACUAUGUGUCUGUGUUUACAGGCAAGACUGCUCGUGUUAUGCAACUCGAGACAUCAGCUCGAUUAGCUGAUUUACAAUCUGAAGGUUUUGAAUGUGUUGUCAUUUGGGAGUGCGAUUGGAAAGCGCUCAAAAAUAGCGAUCAAGAAGUACGUCGCCAACUGGGAGAAAUUCGUGAAGAGUUAGCUUUUAAUAAACCGUUCAUGAAUCCGAGGGAUGCUUUGUACGGUGGCCGAACGGAAGCUUUUGCCAUGUAUGCGGGUGGAGAUGAUUCGGAUGAAUAUAUUCAAGCUGCAGAUGUCACCAGUCUUUAUCCGCAUGUCAUGAAGAAUAAGUUGUUUCCUUGCGCUCAUCCCAGCGUCAUUCGAGGUUCUCCCGAUAAAUUUUGUUACGAUCUGGAUAAGUAUUUCGGUUUGAUGUAUUGUAAAUUGAUUCCUCCCAGAGGACUUUUCAUUCCCACACUACCCUUCAGGUGUCCUCUUCGCAAUGGUAGUACGAAAUUGAUGUUUUGUUUGUGUUCGACGUGUGCCAAAACGUUACAACAAGAAGAUUGCCAUCAUUCGGAUGAGGAAAGGGCACUGGAAGGUGCGUGGUGUAGUGUGGAAGUGUAUCGAGCCGUGCGUGACGGUUAUCGACUCGUCGAGAUUUACGAAGUGUGGCACUAUGUCAGUGUUUCGCCUAGUAUUUUUACCGAAUUUGUGAAUGCCUUUUAUAAGAUUAAAACCGAGUGCAGCGGUUGGCCCGAAGGGUGUGAUUCGAUAGAGCAGAAAGAACGGUUUUUGAGAGAAUUUGCACAACACGAGGGAGUGGAAUUGGAUCCCGAUAAGAUCGAAAACAAUCCUGGCAAACGAUUUUGUGCCAAAAUUCUUUUGAAUAGCCUGUGGGGUUUUUUUUGUAGACGUUUGGACAAACCCAAAACUAGCAUUUAUCAUGAUGCAGAUCAAUUUUUUGCUUUCUGUUCCGACGAUACUCUUCACGACAAAUCUUUCAAACUCAUAAACGACACCACCGUCAUAGUCAAAGGAAAACAAAAUGAGGAGAGUGUUUUUCCCGAUAAAAAGGGUAAUGUUGUUGUUUCUUGUUUUGUCACUGCGUAUGCGCGUUUGGAAUUGCUCGAUAUCAUGCGAGCGGUGGACAUGCGGGUGCUCUAUGCGGAUACGGACAGUGUAUUUUAUCGUUUGUCUGAAGGUGAUGCAACACUUCCUUUAGGAGAUUAUUUGGGACAGUUAACCCCCGUUAUGCCCUCCAAAGAACAUGUCGGUAUUGAAUUUGUUGCUGGGGGGCCUAAAAAUUACGGUUUGAAAUAUUGUAAGAAAGGAGAAGAAGAUGAUGUUUCAAAGCAUAAAGCUUAUUUCAAAGUGAGAGGUAUCACUUUGAAUAAGAAGACGGAAGAAAUUGUAAAUUUUGAUAAACUUAAACAAUUUGUAUUAGAGAGUUUUGAAAAAAAAGAAUUAACGCCUAAUUCUGUCACUGUGGAAAAGUUCAACAUCAAGCGAGGUCUCAAAAAUGGUAUGUUUGAUGUUGCAAGUGAAGUGUUGGAAAAGAAAUAUCGUCUAGUCUUUGAUAAGCGUAGAAUAGAUUUCGAUUCCGAAGAUUUCGUGACUUAUCCUUUUGGUUACUGA